AUGUCUGGACUACCCAUUAAAAGUGAGAACUCCGAGAAUAGUGUGGAGCACUCUGAAGAUGUUCAAGAAUCAUUACGAUUGAUAGAAGAUCUUAAAUUCUUCUUAGCUACUGCUCCAGCAAAUUGGCAAGAAAAUCAAGUUAUCAGACGAUAUUACUUAAAUCAUGAUGAAGGGUUUGUUAGUUGUGUGUUUUGGAAUAAUUUAUAUUUCAUUACAGGAACGGAUAUAGUAAGAUGCAUAGUAUACAAAUUUGAACAUUUUGGUAGAAAAAUUAUAGAUCGAAAGAAGUUUGAAGAAGGGAUCUUUUCUGAUUUAAGAAAUCUUAAAUGUGGUGCUGAUGCUAUAUUAGAACCUCCAAGAUCAGACUUUUUGGAAUUUUUAUUUAAGAAUAAUUGUUUAAGAACUCAAAAAAAGCAAAAAGUAUUCUUUUGGUUUAAUGUCCCUCAUGAUAAAUUAAUGGCUGAUGCUCUUGAAAGAGAUUUAAAGAAAGAAAAGCAAGAUCAAAAAUCAACAACUAUAGCUAAAAGUGAACCAGCAUUAUCAUUCCAAUAUGAUGAAACUCAAUCUUUAUUUACUCAAUUAGCUGAUCAUAUGAAAAAUCAAAAGACAAUAUCCGACGAUUUAGAACAAAAUACUAUAACGGAUAAAUCAUCCCCUGAAUAUUCAUCAAAUUCAAAUCUAUUACAAACAAACACUAAUGGUCAAGGUAACGAUUAUGAAUUUUUAAAUCAUGCCACCCCUGUACAAUAUAAAGGAAAUUCUGAUACUGAAGAUGAUUUCCCCUUGGAUUAUUUCGAUCCAAAUGGUCAAAUGAUUCUGGAUGAUUUCGUUAAUUUGGAAACUGUUUAUCGAGCUAAUAACAAUGAUAGUAUCAAUUAUCAUAAUAAUAAUAGUGUUAAUCAUCAUAAUAAUCCUGAUUUUAUAGAUGAAAAUUAUGAUUCAGUUGAUGCAUCAUUUUUCGCUCAACCUUUAAAUCAAGCAGGUUCAGGUACAAGUCAAGUAGCUUAUAAUGAAGAAUAUUUAAUAGAACAAACUUUACCACUUCGUGGCCCUCCUGUAUCUCAAUUACCAUUAUCAAAUAUUCCACCAAAAUCAUCAAAAAUAAUGUCUGCAUCGGAAGAGUUCUUCCCGCCAUUCCAACCUAUGCAACAUCAACCAUCAUUACAACAAUUACAACCACAAGUUUUACCAUUAUCUGCUAAAUUUCAAAACUUCCCUAGAAAUGCAUUAACUCCAUCCCAAGUAAUGUUCCCUCCUCAAUACUAUGAUCAAGGGGGACAAGUGCUAUACCAACAACAGCCACUCCAAUUAUCACAACUACCACCUCAACAAGUUGAUUAUCAAGUUCCUUACAAUAUGGUUCAACAUGAACCUGAGUAUUGGCUACCUUACUAUGGAGAACCUUCUGCACCAUAUAUGGUUGCUAAUGAUCUGGAAUAUAUGCAACCUACAGUGGUCCCAGUCGCUGCAGCUCCUGCCCCUGUGGUUUCUUACAGUGGAGGAAUGAGAUCGAUUUCAAGAGCUCCUUAUGUUCCAAAACAACCAGGUACUAGUAAACCUAAAAAGAAGAAGAAUAAAAAUAAAAAUAAUAAUGGUGGUGGAGUUUCAAAACCACAGCAGACUCCAGUAGCAGUGUCAGCACCGAUUAAUCCAACCCCUAAGGCUAGUCUUGAUGAAGUCAUUAGUAUUAAAAACACUAGAAUAAUAACAAAAGUUGAAGAUGAAUCCGAGGACUUCGAUGGUGGUAUACCUACCCCAACCGCUUCUAAUACUCAAGUAGAUGGAAAUGCUACAGAUCUUAUUUAG